AACGGAACUCGCUUUUCUUUACUACUUCAAAUUCUUACAGUAACCAAUCCGAACUAAGUUUAUUGCAUCGCAAAAAAAGAAGAAAAUUCUCUCUUGCACCCCAACCAAAAUUAAAUUCAAGGGCUUAUUAAAGUUUACCUUAAUUUAUUGGGGUUAGAGUUAAUUAUGGAGGGUGAAGAGUUAACAGAGCAGGAGACAGCACUCUAUGAUCGUCAAAUUAGGGUUUGGGGCGCUGAUGCUCAACGAAGACUGACCAAAUCACAUAUAUUAGUAUAUGGAAUGAAAGGAACUGUUGCCGAGUUCUGCAAGAACAUAGUUCUAGCUGGAGUUGGUAGUUUGACACUGGUGGAUGACCGGGCUGUUACCGAAGAGUCGUUGUCGGCUAACUUUUUAAUCCCGCCGGAUGAGGAGUCUUAUGCUGGCAAAACUAUUGCUGAGCUUUGUUGCAGCUCUUUGAAAGAGUUUAAUCCUAUGGUUCGUGUUUUAGUUGAGAAAGGUGAUUUGUCUGGCUUUGACGCAAACUUCUUUGAUAAAUUUGAUGUUGUAGUUGUCAGUUGCUGCACCAUUACUACCAAAAAACUGUUAAAUGAGAAGUGCCGCAAGUUAUCAAAGCGUGUAGCAUUUUAUGCUGUGGACUGUAGAGAUUCUUGUGGUGAGAUUUUUGUUGAUUUGCAGAAGUAUAUAUACGCAAAGAAAAAGAAGGACGAAACUACUGAAUGUGAAUUGCAAUACCCAAGUUUUCAGGAAGCAAUUUCAGUACCUUGGAGAACACUUCCAAGGAAAAUGUCGAAGCUAUACUUUGCUAUGAGAGUGAUAGAAAGGUUUGAAGAGGCGGAGGGGCGUAAUCCAAGUGAAAUCUGUAUUGAGGAUCUUCCUGCUGUAAUCAGCCUGAAAAAGGAAAUUUGUGAGGCACAGUCUUUGAAUGAAGCUCAUAUUCCAAAUGCCCUCCUGGAAAGAUUGGUGAUGGGUAGACGAGAAUUUCCUCCAGUUUGUGCCAUCAUCGGAGGAAUCCUUGGCCAGGAGGUCAUUAAAGCAAUAUCAGGCAAAGGUGAUCCCCUCAAGAAUUUCUUCUUCUUUGAUGCUAUGGAUGGAAAGGGCAUAAUAGAGGACAUAUCACCCACUAACCACUAAACUAGAGAUGCUGCUUUACCCGCAUUUCCCGUGUAGGACAUUUUUUGAAGCUGACAAUUAACCGAAGCUAGAAGUUGAUGCCUUAGAAAACUGCAAUUAGUUUCCUGAACAUAGGCUUUUACUGAUAAUCCUUAAAGUUAUUGGUUGGAUGUGCUUGGAUUGUAUUCUUUUCCUUCAUCAUACUCUUAUCUAAUCUUAGUAAUCUAUAUUUGUAGUAA